AUGUUUAUUCAAAUUUAUGAAGGUAAAUGUGCUCAUACUAAGGAUAACAAUUUUUUUGAAGAAUUCAAAUUGUCUGAAAUUCAUCCAGCAUUAAAAGGAGUUUCACAAAUAGAAGUUAUCUUUGAUAUUGAUGAAAAGGUAUCUGCUGCUGAUAAUAUAACUGGAAUAUCAAAUAAUAUAACUAUCAUAAAUGACAAAGAUUGA